AACCUUUUAUGUAUUGUCAACUGGCUUUACUUUUAGACAGAAAAUAUAAAGAAAUGUUUUGUUAUGACAGAGGUUUAUUGAUAGUUUGUAUGGAUCUCGUAUUCUGCAUGCUGAUUGGUCGGCCACGGUGAGUACUUCCUGUAAACAUUGACUCUCAUUGGCUCUUCGCCCUGUGACGCACCGGAUGUUCCAGUUGUUUUCCGGACGUGCUCACCGGCUCGUUCUCUCUCCGGUAAAAUGGCAGAGGUCGGUCAGGGGCUUCGGAGCGGCGUUACCCGGCUCUCCGCUCUCAGAAUCAGCCAGAGUCGAUCCGUACCUACCGGAGGAAGCCCCGGAUGUCUCCCGAUAACCUGCGCUUCCGGCAACAAUGAAGCUGAAGAGGAAUUAGCCCAAAGUGAACGUGAAGUGUCAAAAAUCAAAACAACACGACGCAAAUCAGACAAACUUUCCAAAGUAGGAAAGAGUAGAAGUCUGCAGGAAGAUGUGACUUUGCUGUGUGCCGCCUCUUUGGGUCCGUCUCCGUAUCGUUUCAUCGGGUUUGUUGAAACCAGAGAGAGUCUGCAAAGUUGUAAGACAGCCCUGUACCUCUCCACAGGACUCCUCCAGGAGAAGCUGCUACCUUCCAGAUUGACACCCUGGACCAGAGGAGCUUUGUCCAUCCACCCUGACGCCUUCAGGACCCAUCAGCAGCUCCGAGCUUUCUGCACAGUUGUCUUCUUUCUGGCAGAGCAGGGGUCAGAGAGGUCAGGCGCCACACGUAGACGGAGAUCCCUAAAAUCUGAUCCCUACAAAAGAUCUACAACAACUAGGAGCUACAGCUGGAGCUCAGACAGUGUUGCUCUGCUGCACAGAAGCAAGACGGCCUAUUACGACAUCCUCAAAGUGUCACCCAGCGCCACACAGUCCCAGAUCAAGACGGCCUACUACAAGCAGUCCUUCAUCUACCACCCUGACAAGAACGCGGGGAGCAGGGAGGCCACACAGCGCUUCUCCGAGGUCAGCGAGGCGUACAACGUGCUGGGUAACGUCAACCUGAGGAGGAAGUACGACCGGGGCAUACUGAGCCAGUCUGACGUCCAAAGUGCAGGGAGGCCGUCCUCCAAAGACACCACCACCAGAUCCACAGGGUCCUCGCAGCAGCAGCAGCAGCAGCAGCAGCAGCAGCAACAGAGAGCCAGACACUCCACCCAAGUCGGAGGGAGGCCCAUAUUUGAUUUUGACGCCUUUUAUCGAGCGCACUAUGGCGAUCAGCUGCAGAAGGAAAGAGAAAUGAAAGCCCGGAGGCAGGCCAUGCAGAAACAGAAGGAGAAACAGAGUAAAUGGAAGGAAAGGAAAAUGGUGGAGCUUGUUAUGAUGAUGGGACUGUUAGCGGGAGGGGCGAUCUUAACCAGCCUCGGCAAGUCCUUGAAAUAGAAGCUGUAGCGUGUCAACGGUACAGGCUGCACUUUAUGACUCUCAGGGGGAAGGAGGAGGAGGAGGAGGAGGAGGUAGGGGUGCUACCUCAGUGUUUUGUAAGAGUUGCACAUUUUCUGAUAGUUGAUAGUUUGUUGCUGGAGUAAACAAACAAUAUUACUAUAAAACGAAAUGUAUCCACACAAACACACUCAUUGCAUUAAAGUUUGGCUUAAAACAUUUUUUCAGGUGCCCACAUGAACACUGAAAUAAGUUUUCAGUUCAUAUAAGAAGCAAAACAUUUACCGAUACGUAUUCAGCAUAAAUGAUGGUGGACAAAAUCCACAGUCUGCCUUUACCCUUAAACCUGCAUCUAAUAUGGACCUUUAACAGUCAGUGAAAUCUUCUUGAAUCUGUCUUGAAAAUUAAAGCUGCAUCUCCACAUGGAGCCACUUUUCGGGGUUCGUCUAUCACUUUCACUGAAAACGCAUCGGUCGGGGACCACAAAAACAGGAAUGCUGCACAUCUAGACUGACCUAGAGUGAUGGAUAAAAAGAGCUGUAAGUGGAAACUGGAAAUCUGCAAACAACUUAACAGGGCGUGGACUUAUUUAUUCCUGCAGUAAUUCAAACAUAUACAGUAGGUCUUUCAGGAAUCUAAAAAGCGACCAGCACAUGUUUGAGAAAAUAUCGUAGCUCACAUUUAAUCCUGUAAAAGUUCAUGCUUACUUGUGUAUAUAUUUUCAGGGGUGAAGAUGAGAAUGCUGUGUUUCUCUGCAAAUUCAGCACAAUAAUUUGAAAACAAAAUUAAGGUACUUUCUAUUAGUAGUGAAAACUCUUAAGCAAAAAAAAAAAAGAAGAAGAAGUUACACUGCACAAGGAUGGGAAGUUAAGCUUUAAUCAUUUUUACUGUACUUGUAUUUGAAGAUAAUGUGUUAUGAGUAAGUUUAUACACAUGUUAACAUCUUGUUCCAGAUGUUUUAAGUGUAUAUAUGUGAAUGUACUGUACAUAUAAGAUGUCACAUGACAUUAGAAGAGUUUAAUCUGCGAUAGAGAAGAUCUAAUAAAGCAGUUUGAUUUA